GUCUCUGGCCAAUGUUCCAGGACACUGCCGACAUUAUUAAUAAAGGCUCCCCAGACGGCUCAUUGUCACCGCCGGGACUGCGACGGGACAGAGGGGGCCAGCGUAUAAGAGCAGUUGGAAGAGAUGGGCUGGACACUGGCAUGGGUGCAGACCAUCUGGGCAGAGCUUAGAUCUGGUGUGUGGAAAACACACAGGAGAGUUCUUUUGUUUGUGUGUGUGUGUGUAUGUAUGUGUGUGUGUCCAUCUGUCUGUCUGUGUGUUUGUGCGGGUGUCCAGGCGUUUGUGUGUCCAGCAGAAUCGCGAACUCGUUGCGCUCUCAGUCACCCUGGAGGCGUCAUUCAUUCAUCACGAGGGCACUGAAGAGCACUCUCUCUCCCCCCCAGCCAUCAUUUCCUUCUCCCUCUUCUCGAAGAGCUUUACCAGACAAUAGCGCCACAAACUCAGGUAUCUUGUACAGAGUUCCUGCGGUAUUCUGGGCUCAGCAAGUGCCGCACCGGGAUGUGAUGCAGCCGGUCAGGAUGGACUCCACUGUGCCCCUAUACAAGUUACUGAGCAGAGAUGGAGACAUUUGGACUUUCCUCAGAUGAGGACGUAAAGUCGUCGGACACCGUGAGUCAUCACAGCACAAGGCUGCUGCCAGCCUCACAGAACUCACCUCCUUGAUCUUUGACCUGUGGUCUUUCAACCAUUUUGGAAGGAAAAAUGGAGAACAGCACAGAGGAAAUAGGUCUCAAGUGCAACAUGUCAGGAAGCCAUGACUUCAUCUUCACCCUGAUCCCAGUUGUCUAUGGCUGCAAUUUCGUUAUUGGCAUUGUAGGCAACAGCAUGGUGGUGGCUGUUAUUUACUGUUACAUGAAGCUGAAGACGGCAGCCAACAUCUUCGUCCUCAACCUGGCUGUGUCUGACCUCACCUUCCUCAUCACACUGCCCAUGUGGGCCACUGUCACUGCCACUGGCUACCACUGGCCUUUCGGUAGCUUUCUGUGCAAGGCCACAGCUAGCCUGGUCAUCUUCAACCUGUACACCAGCGUCUUCUUCCUCACCUCACUCAGCAUCGACCGCUACCUGGCCCUGGUGCACCCGAUGCGCUCUCGCCAGUGCCGUACAGUGGCCAACGCCCGCAUCGCCUGCGUGGUCAUCUGGGGCUUCUCCUUCUUGCUCAGCGUCCCCACAGCUGUGACCAGGGAUGUCUUUCAGCUCAAGGACCUCAACAUCACCGUAUGUGCUAUCCUGGAUAGAAAAGACCUCAACUACAACCUGGUGGCUCUCAGCUUGAUGAAGAGUGUGCUGGGCUUUCUCAUCCCCUUCGCUAUUAUUAUCACCUGCUACUGUUUGAUCGGAAGGGCACUGCUGCAGGCCCACCGGGUCCAGAAGAGCCGCUCACAUAGCGAUGAGGUCCUCAGGAUGCUAGCAGCUGUGGUCCUGGCCUUCUUCCUCUGCUGGGUUCCGCACCAGAUCUUCCACUUUAUGGACGUGCUGGCACUCCUGAGGGUGAUUGAGAAUUGUCACACGCUGGAUAUCAUCCACACAGCUAUGCCCUUCACCAUCUGCAUUGCCUACUUCAACAGCUGCAUGAACCCCAUCCUCUAUGGCUUUGUGGGCAAAAACUUCAGGAAGAACCUGCUGAAGCUUCUGAGGGGCAGCCCGCCCACGGUUGCCACCCAUGCCAGCCUCACCGCCAAGAUGAGCAUGUUCUCCUACCGGGCUUCUGAGUCACUGCAUCUCACAGCCAACAGGACCACCAGCCUGCCUGAUGUCAAAUGAAAUGGGCAUCACAAAUGACAUCACAUAAAACCACAUCUGAUAGGGUGAUUGCUCACGUGCUUUCAGAAAAGCCAACACUGCGGCUGGGUGUUAAGCUAAAUAUGGAUACGCGGCAACAGCGUGGCUUUUCGUGACCGCCCGUAAGAGGAAAACACACUCGGUCAUAACAGGGGCUCCUCGUUCGCCUUGCGCCCAAAGCCCUUCUCUCCUUGAUUCCUUCACUUCUGUCUCUGAGAUGAAUCCAACUGUAAAUCAAAACUCUCAAUAAGGAUAACAUUCAAAAUGCUUAUGGUUAUUCAAUGUAUGCAUGAGUGUUUUGUGAUGCAUGACAUGUGUCGAGGUUACGAAUGACCCCUAGAGCAGAACAUCUGUGACCUAUGAGUGAGUUGCACUUCACUGUCCUGAUGUGGAGCUACUCUGCAACGUCAUAUUCGUGAUGGAGAUCAUUGUUGUGUUUGCAUUCAGCACCUCUCUGAAUGGGACAGCACACAGGAGGCGCAAACUGUGCUUUAACGCAUAUAUUAUAAUGGGAGAGCGGCCGCUGCAGUGAGGGGCGCACGAAACAGCGGAAAACGAGACAUUUUAAAGAAAUAUUUCCCCCUUGUGGACAUAUCGUGUCACUGUACAGCUGAAUUGGACCGUUUACCCUUUACCCGUGUAUUCCCGUUAUUUAUUAGUGUACUCAAUAAAAUGUGUUUCGUUCGUGUGCUUCAUGGACGUCAUUUUUGUACUUGUACAGGCCGAUGAGGUAUAUGAAUGAAUGAAUGCAUGAAGGAAUGAAUGAAUGAAUAAAUGAAUGAAUAAAUAAAUAAAUAUUCUCACAGAAGAAUCACGGCUCUGUGCCUUUUUCCCCGACAAACAUGCGAACGGCAAUACAUAUAAAUGAAAUAUAGAAACAUAAAUAUAAACUAAUAUUCAAGUCACACUUCCGAUUAU